AACAUAGAUGGUUUAAUUUAAUCUGCAGACAAUAUUUCAUCAUUUGAUGAUUUGCUAAUAGGAACCAUCUAAAAAAAGCCCCUCACUAAAUAACAGAAGUUUAUGCUAACCAGUAGCUACCAUCUUUAUUCACCAAUUUUAGUUAACACUAUAGUCUGGUAGAUCUUUAAAGUUCUAAUCUCGUCCACUUAAUAGUAUUAAAUAUUUGGGGGUAAUCAUGAUACCCCAGCAGUCCUUACUCAGCUAAAGGGCCACACUGUACUAUUAAAAUAAUUAUAAAGUUCCAGAAAUUAUCAACUGCUUUUUUUUAAUGUUGCAAUAUCAAGAGAUCUCAAGCUUCCAAUACAUGAUGCAAUGCUUUUGCUGUCUGCUGUUAAUUACACAAGCCUCCAUCAUCAAGGAUAGUUGGGGGUUAGGCUAGAUGACCUUUGCGGUCCCUACUAACCCUGUGGUUCUAUGAUUCAGAGCUACACACAAUUGACUGGUGGCUUUCUAUUUCUCACGCCCUCUUUGGAGAUUUUUUUUAAAUUAAGUUUAGCAGAUUGUAUUUUAGGAGUUGUAGAUAUCAGGGUUAUCCUGCAAAAAUGUCCAAAGCUAGUUAACAGACACAACGUCUUGCAAGUAUGACACCAGGACUAUUUUUGGGGUGCUGCAGAAGUUGAAUAUGUUGUAGCCAGGAAUUCGAUGGCUGUAAUGAUAAUCCACCCCCACCUUCAGAUUUUCCAAUAGUUCGGAGGGCAGGCACAGUUCGAAUUAGAAUCAUGCAGGAUCCUUUUGUUUUGUUGCAUUUGAUUUCUGAACUCAGCAGAUUUAAUACAUUUCAGAGAAGAACUUUCCCCCACCCAGUGCAAAUGGCUCUGCCGACCUCCCGGACAGUCUUCUUGAACUAAUUCAGUAACUUGCAAAUAGCGGUAGGGUUUGUUUGCUUUUAAAAGAAGAGGCUCAGUUGCAAGGCGGACAGCCGCACGACAGCAUGCAGCAAACCAUCUCCUUAGACCCAAUGUCCGCCUGCAGAAAAGACUUGCAUUGCGUACAGACAUACCCUACUCCUCUUCCUCCCGCCUGCCGCUGCUGGGCUGGGGCCUACUGUAGGUGGACCUCUGUCCCGGCCCCGGCCGCAGCUCGAGCUGAAUCCUGGAGCUCGCGUUGAUGGGAGAUCCAGGAGCUGCCAUUGGCCAAGGGUGGGCCCCGUGCGUGCAUCAGCCUCCUCCUUGUGCGUCCGUGGUUCCUAUGCAAAUUGCAGCGAAUGCGGAAAUAAACACGGGGAGGGGUGGGGGGAGGGAGAGAGAGAGACUGCCGAAUCGAUCUCAACUUCUGCAAAGUCUAACACAAUCCAAAGCACACAAGGCAAAGCCAGGGAGAGAGACUCGGAGAACCCAGCCAGCCCGGCUUGGAUGGCUUUCAAAAAAGAGGAGAGAGAGUGAGAGAGAGACAGAUUGCAUUGCAAAUCCUUCUGAUUUGGGAGUAAAGUUUUUUAAAAAAGAAAGAAACCUAACCAGCAGCCUGCAAUUGGCUACAGCUUUUAUUCUCUUCCGGGUUUUCAACGGUUCCAAGUUUAUUUUAGAUAUUAAAAAAAAAAAUUGAAAAAAAGUGUCAACCUAUGAAGCCAAUCGUCUCAGCCUUGUAAAGUUUCUCACGUACUCUUUAUACAUUGCAAUGGAUGAAUUUCAUCCAUUCAUUGAAGCACUUCUGCCUCACGUCCGAGCAUUUGCAUACACGUGGUUCAACCUGCAAGCCCGAAAACGAAAAUACUUCAAAAAACAUGAAAAACGUAUGUCAAAAGAGGAAGAGAGAGCAGUGAAGGACGAAUUGCUGAGCGAAAAACCUGAGGUCAAACAAAAAUGGGCAUCCAGACUUCUGGCAAAGCUACGGAAAGAUAUCAGGCCUGAGUACCGAGAGGAUUUUGUUCUCACAGUCACAGGAAAAAAGCCUCCAUGUUGUGUUCUUUCCAAUCCAGACCAGAAGGGCAAGAUGAGAAGAAUUGACUGCCUACGCCAGGCAGAUAAGGUCUGGAGGUUGGACCUUGUUAUGGUGAUUUUAUUUAAAGGUAUUCCGCUCGAAAGUACUGAUGGCGAACGCCUUGUAAAGUCCCCACAGUGCUCUAACCCAGGGCUGUGCGUACAGCCACAUCAUAUAGGAGUUUCUGUUAAGGAACUUGAUUUAUAUUUGGCAUACUUUGUGCACGCAGCAGAUUCAAGUCAAUCUGAAAGUCCCAGCCAGCCAAGUGAAGCUGAUAUUAAGGACCAGCCAGAAAAUGGACAUUUGGGCUUCCAGGACAGUUUUGUCACAUCAGGUGUUUUCAGUGUGACUGAGCUAGUCAGAGUCUCACAGACACCAAUAGCUGCAGGAACAGGCCCAAAUUUCUCCCUCUCAGAUUUGGAAAGUUCUUCAUACUAUAGCAUGAGCCCAGGAGCAAUGAGGAGGUCUUUACCUAGCACAUCCUCUACCAGCUCUACAAAACGCCUCAAAUCUGUGGAGGAUGAAAUGGACAGUCCUGGUGAAGAGCCAUUUUAUACAAGCCAAGGACGCUCUCCAGGAAGUGGCAGUCAGUCAAGUGGAUGGCAUGAAGUGGAGCCAGGAAUGCCAUCGCCAACCACAUUAAAGAAGUCAGAGAAGUCUGGUUUCAGCAGUCCCUCGCCUUCGCAGACCUCCUCCCUUGGAACGGCAUUCACACAGCAUCAUCGACCUGUCAUUACAGGACCCAGAGCAAGUCCGCAUGCAACACCAUCGACUCUUCAUUUUCCAACAUCACCCAUUAUUCAGCAGCCUGGGCCAUACUUCUCACACCCAGCAAUCCGCUAUCAUCCUCAGGAGACUCUGAAAGAGUUUGUCCAACUUGUCUGCCCGGAUGCUGGUCAGCAGGCUGGACAGGUGGGGUUCCUAAAUCCCAAUGGCAGCAGCCAAGGCAAGGUGCACAAUCCAUUCCUUCCUACCCCAAUGUUGCCACCACCGCCGCCGCCACCAAUGGCUAGGCCUGUGCCUCUGCCCGUGCCAGACACAAAACCUCCAACCACGUCGACAGAAGGAGGUGCCGCCUCUCCUACUUCACCAACCUACUCGACACCCAGCACCUCCCCCGCAAACCGAUUCGUCAGUGUUGGACCUCGGGAUCCAAGCUUUGUAAAUAUCCCUCAACAGACACAGUCCUGGUACCUGGGAUAAAAGUCACAGCUUCCCAUCUCCCACCGGACAGACCACCUGACUCCUUCCCAACUCUGUAACAUGGAAGCAGCAGCAACACAGUGCAGUUACUUCACGUCAGUGGAAGGAGAGAUGAACAGAUAUCGACAGCAAACAACUAGUACAUGGAAAUGGCAAAUGUUAUGGUCAAUGGCAAAGGCCAUAACUUUUUUGAGAUUUUUUUUAGACACCUUCGGGACAGUUGUGAUUUCUCAUAUGGUGCUGGAAAUGGUUGGGCUUUGUAAUUUUUGAAGUGUUUCAUUGGUAGUGUAAGUAUUAGGUGACACUGGGUAGAACUAGCCUCUGCUGCUGCUUACUGACUCGCUGUUGUAACACACUUUCCAUAUGGAGCCUAACUGUUUUACAGCAUUUUCACUGAUUUUUUUUUUCCCAUGCAGGUGUGAGACUUCUUGAGAAAUCAUGAAACACACUUAAACUGUAACUUUUGUAGUAGCUGAAUUCUGCAAUAUAUAAACGUACAGGACAGACAUAGGGCAUGUUUUUCUGUAACAGAUCGGGAAAAAAUGCAGUUUUUUGUUUUGUUUUUUUUUUUUUUACAGUCAGAUACAGUUAGAUACAUAACAUGAAAAAUAUGAGCAUUGUCAACAGGUUUUUUUCCACUCAAGUUGCAGAGUGAUUUAAAACAAACUACUACUAUUCACUAAAAAAAGAAAAAAAAGAAAAAAAAGAAAAAAGUUUGAAAUGCUGCACUUACAUAACAUUUUUUCAACAAUUUUCAACAAUUACACAAAAAUUCAUGCAGAAAUGGGGAAGUUGGUCUGUUUUGACAGAAACUGACAGGAAUCAAAACAAUCGAAUUUUGAAUUGAGUAAAGUGCAAUUUCAUUGGAUAGCUAAAUAUCUUUGUAAGAUAGAGAUUGUUGAAAAUUCUAUUUUUGUUUUCCAAGUCCUUCCACCCCAGGACUCUAAAGUAUUGGGGUAAAAAACAGCCUUGCAAGAAAAAGGGGAGCUAUUUUUGCUUUUUAUGUUUUUUAUUGUUAAACUUGUAUCCCUUUAAAACUGAAGGAAAAUUAAAAAAAAAAUCUAAUGGUGCUUUUACCACAAUAUGUUAACUACAUUAAAUGCUAAUUAAUCAUUUUCUGUUAUCAAAGCACAUAACUAAAAUUAAAUCAUAAUAUCUGUUAAUUUUAUAAGCUAAAAGUCACUAUAAUGGAUUAUGCCAAUUCUGACAAAUUUUACGUCUUUCCGGCAAUAUAGGGUUUAUCAGUUCUCAGACACCUUGGGAAUCAUAUAGAACGGUCCAGAAAUUAAAACACCUUUGUGUCCCUGAACUGGUACUUUUUCUGGACUACAAAGAAAACAAUACAGAAACGAAUGCUGAUGUGACAACUUACGCCAGUUCAAAGCAAGGGCACUUGCUGAAAAAAAAAAAAAAAGUUUGGACCCCAAACGUCCUGUAUCUUAUGUACAAAAAAAAAAAGAAAAAAAGGAAAAAAAAGAAAAAAAAAAGAGUGCAAGUGAUUUUUCCUAUCAGACAGCGGAGCAUCCCUUUGCUUCACAUGUGACUUUAAGAAGGUUUCCUAUACUAUACAUAUAUAUACGUUCUGGUUGGCAAGUCCAGCUAAUCAGAGAAAGUCUCUGCAUGUUCUAGUGUUAGUAACUAAUUUUUAUAUAGUUAAUGUAGGGUAAAGUAGAGUGCAUUAAGACACAAUAUUGUAAUCCCUAUUCCAGGCACUUGCCUUUAAACUAUGUUUGUACGGCCCUUCAGAAGGGUUUCUACUACUGUCCUAUACAAUCAAGUAACUGAAAUUCUUGGGAAGACACUUUGCUCCUCAUCUUUUCCCUGAAACAAUGUUUUUUUUUUUCUUAAUUUGCACGAAACAAAAAAAAAACAAAAACAAAAAAUUCCAUAUCAAUGUGCCUUGCCCUGGAUAGCGAUUAUUUGUGGAAUUGUUGCACAUGUUCCUAUAUUGAAAGGGGUUUUUCCCUAGUCAAGCAUUUGGAGACACUUUUUGUAAAUGUGACUUUUAUGUCAGCCAUUGUCAGUUUCAACAUCUAGAAUUAAAUAGAAUGUUAGUUGUUCCGCAGAUAGGAGUAGUGUUUAUUGUCCUGUAUGGUCAGUGGCAGUGCUAUUCUGAGAUCUGUAGAUGCUAGAUUAUCAGUAUUUUUGGAUGUUGCUGCAUUUUACAUUUUAUUUGGAGUCUUCCUUUUGUUUUGUUUUUCCCAGAUAUAUGAAAAUAUGCAAUACCUGCUUAUAUCAUGUAGAAAAGCUUAGCAAUUAUUAAUUUUUCUUUUAAUUUUUUUUUAUUUGACCAAAGUUGGUGCUGCACUUGACGCAGUGUGUUUUAGGUGUUUGUCUUUGUACUUAUGUGAUUUUGAAUGCACAUGCAGGAAGGGCUCUUCUUAGAGAAGCAGUCAAACUGUGAAGCACUAAGCUGAACCCUGCUUCAAGCAAUUUUUGUUUUACAAUUGUUCCUUUCACAAGCAAGC